UUUGUUUCCUCUCGAACGGGACCGUAAAACAGUUGGAAUCUCUGCGGAUGAUUCAUGAUCCAGUUCUACAAGAAUAGGUCUCCGGUUCGCUAGACAACCACGCGCGUUGCUUUUCAAUUGUCAUUCAGAGGUGAAGAGAAGUGGUUUGGUUUUAUCCGAUCUGAUAGCGCAGCAGAAAACAUCACCAACGAUGUCACUAUACCCGUCGCUGGAGGAUAUGAAGGUGGACCAGAUGAUGCAGUUACAGAACAGAGUCGUAGCUGCCGCGGCCGCCCAACAGCAGCAAUACCCACCAUCGGCCCCAGGUGUUAAGAUCCCUCCGGCCUACAGUUUGUAUCCGAGUUUCAAUGAAACAGGUGCGCCAGAGAAACACGAUGGUGCCAUGGUCAAUGCUGGCGGCCUCAUGUAUCCCGAUCUGCACGAGUACAUGGGAUUGGAACUUUCGAAGGAAAUGAUCGAGGCAAAUCUAUCGCAGUAUCUACCAGCGCAACCGCUCGCUGCUUCCAACACCAUCGUUCCCCAACAGUCGAUGCUUGCGGUUGUGAACAAUGCAAACAUGGUCGCACCCAUUACCGGUGGCUUCGUGGGGCUUCAGCGUGGUCAGGUGACGAAUGGCAUUCGGGAGCUCAUACUCUGCAAGGGUGGCGACAAGAAAGUUGGGCUCCGAGUGCAGGCCAUCAACAAGGGUGUGUUCGUUUGCCUAGUCGUGAAGGACAGCCCUGCGGCAAUGGGCGGCUUGAGGUUCGGGGAUCAAAUUUUGCAAAUCAACGGAACGCUCGUGGCCGGAUUUUCGGUGGACGAUGUUCACAAGCUGCUGAAGAAGAGUGACAAUAACAACAUUUCGAUUGUGGUGCGCGAUCGACCGCUGGAGCGUGCCAUAACGAUGCACAAGGACUCGUCAGGGGCGUUUGGAUUCCAGUUUAACAACGGGAAGAUCACCGCCAUCGUGAAGGACUCGUCGGCGGCUCGUAACGGCCUACUGAUCGACCAGCAACUGCUGGAAGUGAACGGUCAAAACGUGAUCGGUAUGAAAGAUAAGGAAAUAACCAAACUUAUCAGUGCUUCCGAACGCACGAUCACUCUAACGAUCGUGCCGAGCGUCAUCUACGACGUUAUGAUGAAGAAGCUGUCCACGUCUUGGGUUCGCGGAAAGAUGGAUCACUCCAUUCCGGACUUUUAACUUCAGAUCUGCCUUCGAGAAAGAGUGAGAGUGAUGGAAUUUUGAUAAGAAUUACACAAGAAAUAGGAAUUACCAUGUAAAACAGUCUGCCAUACGCACCGUUGGACGCCAAACGAAACUCUGUAAGAAACCUCAGCCGUGAACCGAAAGGAGACUACCUUUGUUAACUAUUGCUCGUGUAUGUGUCCAAGAAUCUAAACGAAAAUGAACGCGGUUACGCGUCGUUUGUUUGCUCGUCACGUAAAACGUAUCCCCUGCACUAGCUCCUUAGAAAGGUCUGCACCGUAGUGCUAUAUGGGUAAGACACUUGUGUUUCACUUAUACAUUAUCGAAGCACCUUAUAUUCUAACAGUAUACUUUACAACAUUCUUCCACUUGUCAGCACGUAAAAUAUUAUGUUUGUAAGAAUACAUUAUUAAUAAAGCCCAGUUUUAUUAAAG